AUGUACCACCCAAUGAACAUUCGCGAAGAACAUGGCGAAGAGGAGGGCUCCUCGACUUCCUCGGUCUCCUCAACUGGGACUCUAAUGCCCUCGCCCACAAGGAAUCUGUUUGCCCGAAGAAGCAGCGGGCAAUCAACGCAAGCACUCUCCUGGACGGAUUUCUUCAGCCAAGAGCUAUUCCUCCCCGAGGAAAUCGACGGAAUUCACAUCAUUCACCAUGUGUACCUGACACCGCCGUCAGAAUCAGGUCCAUUAUUCGUGAUGCAUCACGGCGCAGGCUCGUCAGGCCUCUCAUUCGCAACCUGUGCAGAAGAGCUCCGGAAACUCCUUCCGAAAGCUGGUGUCUUGUCCCUUGACGCAAGAAGCCAUGGCCGUACCACUAUGACUCCCAAAUCAAAGUCUCUCGACCAAGACAGUCCUUCCACUGGGGCCGCUGCUCAGGCCGAGGCUGAUGGGAACAUUGAACUUGACCUCAACCUGGAUACUCUCAGCCGAGACCUCGUCUUUGUAGUUCGCGAGACACAGGCGAAAAUGGGCUGGGAGACACUCCCGGAUAUUGUGCUUGUCGGUCAUAGUCUUGGCGGUGCAGUCAUUACUGAUGUGGCCAAGAAGGGCGAACUUGGCUCGAAGCUACUGGCGUAUGCAGUGCUAGAUGUUGUUGAAGGAUCCGCCAUGGACGCCCUCCAAAGUAUGGAGAAUUAUCUCUCCACUCGACCAACCCGAUUCCCUUCACUCACAUCAGGCAUCGAAUGGCACACUCGCUCUCGCACAAUCCGAAAUACCACUUCAGCUCGUGUCUCCGUCCCAUCCCUCAUCUACGAGGAGACAGAGCCGACAGACCGCUCACGUCCCUGGGCAUGGCGGACAAAUCUCUCUGCCACAAAACCUUUCUGGGAGAACUGGUUUAUAGGGUUAAGUCGCAAAUUCCUUGAUGCACGGGGCGGCAAGCUGUUGCUGUUAGCGGGAACGGAUCGAUUGGAUAAAGAACUGAUGAUUGGGCAAAUGCAAGGCAAAUACCAGCUUCAGGUGUUUCCAGAGGCAGGCCAUUUCAUCCAGGAAGACCAACCGAGCAAGACGGCACAGGUGUUAGCUGAUUUCUACAGACGGAAUGAUCGUAGCGCAUUGGUGCUGCCACCGAAGGUCGGUGAUUUACAAGCUGCUGCUGCGAUGAAGAAAGGCGCUGGCGCCUUCGAGAAAGGCCAUCCCAAGUAA